AUGUGUGGUAUAUUUGCGGCGUUUAGGGUUAAGGACGUUGAGUCCUUCAAGCCCAAGGCAUUACAGUACUCGAAAUUAAUCCGCCACAGGGGCCCCGACUGGUCAGGCAACAUGAUAACAUCGCAAGACUGCAUCAUGUGUCAUGAAAGAUUGGCCAUUGUGGGCUUGGACGCCGGUGCUCAGCCCAUUGUGUCGCCCGAUGACCGAUUCACGUUGGCGGUCAAUGGGGAGAUAUACAACCACAUCCAGUUGAGGACGCAGUUCCCCGACUACAAGUUCAAGAGUUUGAGCGAUUGUGAGCCCAUCAUUCCGCUUUUCCAGAAGUACGACUUGGAUGCUCCACAACAUUUGGACGGGAUGUUUGCUUGGGUCUUGCAUGACAAGACCAGCGACCGUAUUGUUGCUGCUCGUGACCCUAUUGGUAUCACCACGUUGUACUUGGGCAAGAGCAGCAAGAGCCCCGAGACGAGGUUCUUUGCUUCCGAAUUGAAAUGUUUGAUUGACGAGUGCGAUGAGAUCGAAGCGUUCCCACCGGGACAUAUUUACGACUCCAACUCGGAUGAGAUUGUCCGAUACUACAAGCCAAGCUGGUGGGAUGCAAACAAGAUCCCCACUGAGCCGGUCGACUACACCAAAGUCAGAACAACCUUGGAGUUGGCAGUAAGGAAAAGAUUAAUGGCCGAGGUGCCAUACGGAGUGCUUUUGAGUGGUGGCUUGGACUCGAGUUUAAUCGCUUCGAUCGCCGCUAGAGAAACGAAAAAGGCCGCUGAGAACGCCAUCAAGUCGCACCAGCAAGGUAUCGACGCCAACAAAGAAUUGUCCGGAGUCGACACCUCGGGCUCCUUGCACGCAUCGGGUGGCUUCAACCAGCUCCACUCGUUCGCCAUUGGCUUACCUGGUGCGCCGGACUUGAUUGCCGCGGAAAAAGUCGCCCACUACAUCGGCACCAUCCACCACUCGCACACCUUCACCUUGGAAGAAGGCAUCGACGCCUUGGACGACGUCAUUUACCAUUUGGAAACCUACGACGUCACCACCAUUAGAGCAUCGACGCCCAUGUACUUGUUGUCACGCAAGAUCAAGGCCCAGGGAGUCAAGAUGGUCUUGUCCGGUGAGGGAUCAGAUGAGAUCUUUGGCGGAUACUUGUACUUUGCCAAUGCGCCCAGCGCCGACUCCUUCCAUCAAGAGUGUGUGCAACGUGUUAAGAACUUGCACUAUGCCGAUUGCUUACGUGCCAACAAGUCCACCAUGGCGUGGGGACUCGAGGCGCGUGUGCCGUUUUUGGAUAAGCAGUUUUUGGAAGUGUGCAUGAACAUCGACCCCAAGGACAAGUUGAUCACGAAGGACCACAUUGAGAAAUACGUCUUGAGAAAGGCAUUUGACACUAAGGAGAACCCAUACUUGCCGGAUGAAAUCUUGUGGAGACAAAAGGAACAGUUUUCCGAUGGCGUGGGCUACUCCUGGAUCGAUUGCUUGAAGGAUACCGCUGAGAAGUUGGUUAGCGAUGAAGAUAUGAAGAACCCCAAGCCCGAAUGGGGCGACGAUAUCCCUCAGACUAAGGAGGCUUAUUGGUACAGAUGCAAGUUUGACAAGAUGUUUGCUGGCUCCAAGGCUGCUGCCUCGACUGUUAUGAGAUGGAUUCCAAAAGCUGAGUGGGGUUGCCAUUCGGACCCAAGUGGAAGAUACGCCACUACCCACGAUCAUAAAGUCGAUGCUUCUUCUACUUCUUCUUAA